UUUCUUUUUUUUUUUUUUUUUUACAGAAGCAGCCUACUUCUGUAGCAUUUUAGAGAGGGAUGCAAUAAGGACUCCAUCAGAUCAUAUUUCAAAUACUCAAUUAUUCAUCUGAUGGUAGAAUCUCCACGCUUGCUUCCUGUAUCUAUAUUUUAGUUUACUUAAAAGAAAUUUCAGUACUAUGAAUGUCUGGUCAGGUGAGACAGACGUGUACUACAGCCUCCUUCCAAGCCUCAGAGAAGACGAGCAGUAGCAAUACAGGAGAAACAUGAAAAGAUCAAGAGACAAAUCACUCGACCCACUGGCACAUCAAAAAAUACCAACUACAUUGAUCUUACAGUACCAUGCAAUAUGGGGAGGAAGGUUUUCCCCAAAUGGAGAACAAGCAGAUUAGGGAGCCAGACAACGAUUUAACUUACUUUUAAAGACAAAGAACUCAGACAAAUGGAUAACCCUCAGGCAGCAGCAUGCGCUGCAGAGUGUGCAAACAGUUCGUUCCCUGAAGGAUCGGGAUUUGCGGCACAUCAUAGUUCUCUUUUUUCAUUCUCAUCUGGAGACCUUCCUGCACCUUUUCCAUUUGUAGACUGGUUUCAGAAAAGAUCACACGUGAACAUAUACUGCAUGAUUUAUCACAUGCGUGGCGGUGCAUUUAUACUGUUAGAUUAACUCUGCAACAACUGCUGUAAAUAAGCUUUAGCUUUUGAAUUAACCUAAAGCCUGAGCAUAGCAACACAUCUUACAUAUCCACAAGCUGCACAAAGCUUGUGGAGGCUCUCGGUGCCAACCAGCUCUGUGGGUUAACUAUGGGAGAGACACGUACCACAGAAAUAUCUUGCAAAACACGGUCUGUAGGACCCCUUGCAAUCCCAUGCAGCCUGUCUGGGCUGGCCUCGUUUUGUUUCUCAUUCAUCUUCCUUUCUUUAAAAGAUGGAAAAGUGGCACAUCUUGCCCCCCAGGGUAAGAAAUAUGCCUCUGGUUGGCCACCAGUGACCCGGUCACUGACCAGACAGUGCCCAAACUUCAUCCCCAGCAACAGUGGCUUGCGACACGAAGGCAUCAUGUGGCGAUCGUUGCUGGGGAAACUGCAUCUCCCACGGACACGUGGAAGUCCCCCGCCGUCCCAGGGAAGCACUGAUGAAUCACAUUUCCUUCUUCAUCCUCAAGUAAAGGUGGCUGGAGAGCAGCUCCGCAUCAAGGCCGCCAUGUGAGAUUUACAGCUGCUUGCAGUUCAGCACGCCUCUGGGCAACCUUUUAGGAGCAAAACCCAACCAAUAAAGAAGGUAAAUACCAGCUUUGCUGGGACUCCGCCUGGCUACCAUCAGCCGCUCUUGCACAAGUGACUCUGGGAGCUGUUUCAGCAGCACAUUUUUGCCUCUGGCGUGUAAAGUUCAAGUGGUGCUGUCUUGUUAAACAUUGUUCCCUUCUUCUAAGGGAUGUUCUUACACCCUCAGCCACAGAGGACUGACUUUGCCUGACUUACGAAAGCUAAAAUGUAGUAAAUACCUUGUUGUAAAGAAUUUUAUAGAUUUUCACCCCAGGGAAGGCAUUUUGACUAGCUGUAUUUCAAUGAGACAUUUAAAAAAACAGGCUUGUGUGCAUUUUUUUAAAUUGCUGUCAUUACCAUCUACGCAACAGGUAGUGAAAGCUGAUGCUGCGGAGACUUGGUUUGUACUUUUUGACAUAAGACUGGCAGAAAAAUUGGCAGUUAUCAUGUUGAUCAUGUUUAAAUCCACACCCUUGUACUGUGAUUCAGCAAAUUCCCAGAGUAACCCUGGUCUGAAACCCGGGUUCCUCCUUGUUCUGUCCUGCUGGGGGUGGAUUUCCCCUAGAGAAGCCAAUGAACAAAAGCUCAUUUAUUUCUGUAGGUGGUGAGGAGGAAACUGUCCACUAUCUCCCCACCUCUUCCUGCAAAAUGUUGGCUCUCUUUUGCACCGAUCACUUCAGGUCACGAAUGAAAAUGGAAGCGAGCAGCAGCGGAGCUGGGGUAUAGAAAUUGUUGUUUCGAAUGGCACUCCCUGGCUCUGCUCCACGCUUCAUAAAUAAUAGCUCUCACCUCAUUUUGGCUACAAAGAGAAGCAAAAGCAAGCUGCCUCUGUCUUCAGCAAACCUAAGGUGCUCUCUUGGAGAGGUAGGACUGAGAACUCUGUUCUUAGCUGACAUUAUCGAGGAAAUACGCUCGCUUUCUUUUUUCGGCUGCAGGUUUUUUUGCCACAGUUGCGGCAGCAUCUUGAUGGGGAAGCUGAUCUCCAAAGGCCAGCCCAAAAGAGAUGCUCGAGUUGUCAUGCUGGGGCUCGACUUCGCCGGCAAAUCCACCCUUCUGUACAAACUGAAGAGCGGAUGGGCUGUGGAGACCUGCCCGACGGUGGGCUUCAACGUGGAGUCUCUCCAAACACCCUGUCGCGUAUCCUUCACCCUCUGGGAUGUCGGCGGACAAGGCAGCCUGCGGGCGAGCUGGCCUGACUACCUGGAGGACACCAACACCCUCAUCUUCGUGCUCGACAGCACGGACACGGCUCGGCUGCCCGAAGCGAUGGCAGCGCUCGAGGAAGUCCUGAGCCACCCCAGCAUGGCUGGCAUCCCCAUCCUCCUCCUGGCCAACAAGCAGGAGAUGCCGGGAGCGUUGGCUCCCGCCGAGCUGGGGGAGAAGCUGCGGCGGGGGCGGCUGGCGAGGCACCCUUGGGUGCUCCGGGGAUGCAGUGCCCACACCGGCCAGGGACUGCAGGAAGCCCUGGCCGUCCUGGGAGAGCUGCUGCAUCUGGAGCAGAGCUCCCCGUCCCAAGAGCAGCCCCUCGCAGGGCCAGCGGGGAGGAGGCGAGCUCCGGAGUAAAGCUGAACCUCAGGUGGAUGCUUCCCACUCGUCGCUGCCGGCAGGUUUGUCGUAGAGGAUCCCAGCCUCCGGGUAUCCCCUAAAAUGAGCAGACCUGCGGCCGGCAUGUGUCGUGGAACACCCAGCUGAAACCCACCAGGAAGACCUCCGAGCAAAACUCCCAUCGUGGAGCAUUUUUGGCCCCGUCUCUUGGACUCUCAUCACCAGCUGUGGCUUUUCCCGCUGUCGCCAGGUUCUGCUCAUCCAUUGCGUGCGUGUCCAGUGCUUCAGCAGGGAUGCUUUUUGCCAGCGCAACAUAAAUUAUAACAGAGAUGUGCACAAGGGACAGAAGAGGUUUUCUUCUUUCUGCAGCUCCCAGCCCAGAUGCAGCUAUCCUGAUGGGGUGAUCCCCACCGCGGGGGGGGUGUUUGAAUGCUCCCCGUGCUGCUUCUCUCUCAGUUCAAAUCACACGUUCAUCAGGUGGAAAAGCAGGCAGCCACUAAAAGGAAUGGCUGAACAGAAGCAGCAUAAGCACAGGACUUUGAAUGGGCAACAGCUAAUUGGUUUUAGUGUGGCAGCUACAGGUAUAAUCUUCAAGCCAUGGAAGCAAGUCAGGAUUCAAUGGUGUAAAGUGGUUCGAGGAUGUGUGUAUAUUAAUUUCUGCAUUUCUUGUUUUGGGUCUUUCUUUUCCAUUCGUUAUUUUUAUCAAAUACUGAUUUCAUGAAAAUGGCACCUCAUUUUCCUUGGAUUAUAUUUAAAUACAGAGAAAUAAAAUCUGACUUCUAGAUGCUUGGAAACACAUCUGCAUGGCCAGUCAACCUCUAAAUAUCCUCAUGGUAGCCUGAACAGCCAAGACAAAGCCCUUCUCUCAGACUUUUUGAAACUGGAUGAGACCGCUCUAUAGGCAAUGAUUGGUAACCAUGGGCACCUAUGGGUAUGGGCAGGUUUGUAACCAAAGGGCUCUUCACACUCAGCUGCACCCGGGGCCGUCGAAAUGCCCCUGGCAGCUCACAAUGGGGCCAGGUCCUUUGUUGCAGUGAUGGUCUUUGUCCGAUCCGGCUGAACCUACCAUUGGAAAGAUCUAUAAAAUGUGUACCUGCAGGCUCCCUGUACCCAAAAUUCUGUUAUUUGGGGUUAAAAUUAAGAAAUAUCAUAGGGGUCCUUCCUUUAUUAUGAAAUGAAUGAAAGUGGUGGGGGAAGGCGAGAGAAAGGACACAAAAUUUUCAGGCAGCAGAAGUCAGCUGCUUUCAAGGAAGAACUUAUUCAACCUAGAAACACCAAGGAGAAAUACAUGGCGAAAGCCCCUUGUGUUCAUACCAGAGCAUUUUACAGUUGUUAAGGAAUUAAUCAUCCAGCUGUUACUGGUGCUGUUAUUAGCCUCAUUUCAUAGAAGGCAGCAGCUGGAAAACAAGGCUUAAACAGUCAUGAAGAAACAGAAUAUGACAUUUAUAGGAAGGUCUCAAUAAAAGAAAGCCUUCCCAGUGGAAAAAAUCACAUUUUUUUAGCUGCGUUAAUAUAGAAGAACUAUUAUAUGCUAUAAAAUAGUAGUCCAGCGUUGAUCUGGCCUAAGUGAUCAUGGUUAUGAGUAUACUUAAACAGCACUGAAACGUAUAACAAAUUAUAUGGCAAAGCUGCGUGCAUGGUAA